UUGUGGCCUUGUUGCUCAACAUUCUAAGCGCUGCAGACAAACGGCAGCGGAUAAAGGGAUCCGGAUCAGUCCUUCACUCGUGAAUUUGCUGAUUGAUUAUUUAUUGGAUAAAUCAUUGCGGGAAAAUUAUGGAAAAUAAAAAGUUAGUCGUCCUGUGUACAGUUUCUUUGACAGUUUUGUUGAGUAUAGCAACGGUAUCAGCCUUCGUUGAAGAGCUCGAUGACACGUUUAAAGACACAAUAAUGCCUGAUGAGAUAUGGCUUAUUCAAUUCUACGCACCCUGGUGUACCUAUUGCAAGCAGCUGGACCCAGUGUGGUAUGAAAUCGGGGCAGAGCUAAAAAGCAUGGGGUCUCCAGUCAACGUGGGCAAGGUUGACGCCACAGUCCACACCAAUUUGGCAAAAGAGUUUCGAGUUGGAGGCUAUCCCGCUAUAAAGUUGUUGAAGGAUGACUUGAAAUACAACUACAGAGGUCCUAGAACCAAGGCUGGCAUCAUAGAGUUUGCAGACAGAGUAUCUGGACCUGUGGUGAGAGCACUGCCAAGUCAGCAGUUAUUUCAGAAUGUAAUGAGUAGAUAUGACGUUCUCUUUGUCUACGUUGGUGGGCCGUCCGACUUGAAGGAGAAGUACAUAUCCGUGGCCAAGGAACUGAUUGUGCAUACUUACUUCUUCUCUGCUGCAAGGAACGUUUUACCCAAGGCAGUUACUCUCCAGGAAUACCCGGCUGUGGCAGUGUUCAAGGAUGGCACUUACUUCCUUUAUAAUGAACAACAGGAUGAGGACCUCGCAUCCUGGAUCAAUAGAGAACGGUUCCUUAAUUACCUCCCGAUUGACAGCUACACCUUGUAUGCAAUGGGAGAUACAGGCAAACUGGUGGCUCUGGCUAUAGUGGAUGAGAGAAACCCUACUGAGGAGAGCAUCCGUUAUAAGACCAUGGUGGAAAGAGUGGCCACUGAAUACAAGGACCUCUAUAGCAAAGAAUUCCAGUUUGGUCACAUGGACGGAAACGAGUACAUCAAUGGCCUCAUCAUGGAGGAAGUGGCCAUGCCCUCUAUUAUUGUGCUCAACGUGUCUAACGAUGGAUAUUUCCUGCCGCCCAACAAAGUGGAGACAAAGGAACAGCUGGUGAAGUUCAUCGAUGGUGUGUCGAAGGGCCGGAUUAAGUCCCAGGGAGGGAAUGGAUACUAUCAAUGCUUUAUAAGGAUUGUGUUCAACACCAAAACGACUGUUACAACUAUAUUUACCGAAGCGCCCCUUUUGGGCGCCUUCCUCAUCGUUGUUUCUGGCGGCGUCGGAAGCGCCAUGUGUUACGGCCUAUGCAUGGUCUGGCGCUCAAUGAGAAACACAGAGGACGAGGAACCAAUCACUGGGGAGAGGGUGGAGCCAAAGCAGCUCAAAGGUCCUGGGGAAGACAAGAAGACUGAGACGAAAGAGAAGAAUCCGGCAGAGAAGAAGGCCGAUUAAAUAUGAAACGGGUAGACGGCUGCCACUUCUGACCCUGAAUUCCUUUUUUUUAUUGAGCUGCCCUCUUGGCCAUGUCUCCCUCAUAAAAUAUGUAUUCUGACCUCAAUGGGACUUCCUGGAUAAAUAAAGGUUAAAUAAAAAAUGAACAAAAAUAAACCCCUACCCCGUAGCGCCUCUUGUAGAUAUGAGAAAAUGUGAUAGGUUUAAGCAAUAUGGCAAUAACUUUAAUUGCCUUCCUAUAGGCUGGGUGGUGUUUUCGCCAUAUUGCUUCAACGUACCCAAUGGAGGAGGUGCUAGGGGUCAAUUUGCGAUUCAGGGUGAGUGGUUAGCCUGAGUAUGUUCAGCGAUACUUGAAUUUCUACAUCAUGAAUCAUUUUCUAAGAAAUUAUUGGGGUUUUGUUGCAUCACUACAAACUAUUUUAUUUAUUUGAUUUGGAAUUUUGAUCAUAUAGAUUUGAUUUUAAACGUUUUAUUAAUGAAUUCAUAUCAAUUCAAUGUUGUAGAAGACAAUUAGUAGGGCCUAUAUAAACCGGAAAUGUCCUCACAGUGGGUUACAGCAGACAUUUACAGUGAAAAUGUUCUAUUUUGUUCCACUGUGGUGUCAGUUUUUUAGCACCAUCAAUAAACCGAACUAACAAUUCUA